ACAUGUUUUACCUCUUCGUGUAAAUUUUCGCUCCUCCUCCGCGUCAAUCACAAAGCAGGAAAUUUGAACUGGACCGAGGGAACCAGGAGCUUGUUAACAGUUUAAUCGUUGUCUGUUCACCUGGAAUCGUUCUGCCCGUGUUCAGCUUUACUGUUUACCAAUCGCUAUGAGUUCACUCCACAUCACUCUCCUCCACUUCCCGCUGGGGAGCUCCGUGAGCCGGUGUGCAGACCCUCCUCUGCUCUCUGUCCGCCAGCGAACGGGGUCAGUAUCCCGGAGCAGGUCCGGCACCGAUCGGUCGGGAAGAGGCGUGGAUCGGAUGAGCGUCGGGCACAAGAAUCGUCAACCCCCGCUUGAGAAGUUUAUGUCGCUUCUCAGCCUCCGGAUAUUUUCACUCGUUCGCCUUUUCUCGCUUCUGCUCCAGCUUGGUGUGGUCGGUGCCGAAGCUGAAAGGGAAGAAGUGGUUGGUGUGCUUGGUUCAUCAGUUUUACUGGAUCCUGAAAUCACCGUUGAUUCCAGCAAGAAUGAUAUCCUUUGGACUUUCAAAGCCAGCAACAAAAGCCAUGAUGUUAUUUUGGAUCACGUCCCAGGUAUUGCCACAUUGGAACAGAGUGAACAGUUCAAGGACCGUUUACAAUUCAACGCUUUGAGUGGUGCACUGACGAUAAGCAGAUUAAAUGCCAGUGACCAAGGAGAUUACAUCUUCACUGUUGAUGAGAAAGAGUUGAAAAUAAUGGAGUUGCUUGUCAUUGAUAAAGUUAAAGAAGAGGUUGGACUCUUUGGCUCAUCAGUUUUCCUGGAUCCUGAGCUCAAAGUUGAUCCCAGCAAGAGUGAAAUAGUUUGGAUGUUCAUCGACAGGAGCAUUUUGCGUCAUGUCCCAGGUCACAGCUCAGUGGAACUGAGUGAGCAGUUCAAGUUUCGUCUGCAAUUUAAUACUUCUAAUGGUGCUCUGACUGUGAAUGAAGCAGAACAUGGCGACCAAGGAGAUUACACCUUCAUUGUGGAUGGACAAGAGCUGAGAAUAAUACAACUACGCCUUGUUGAUAAGCUGCCAGAAGCUUCCAUAUUUACCAACACCGAAUCACUGGGUUUCACGGUCGAGCUCACCUGUGAUGUCUUUGGAGAUUUGAAUGUUUAUCAGUGGCAAAAGAAUGGAGGGGAAAUCUCCCAGCAUCACCAACUAACAGAUGAAAACAGAACACUUGUUAUCCCAAGUGCUUCAUUUGAAGACUGUGGAGUGUACACCUGCAUCACAACCAAUCCUGUCAGCUCCAUCCAGACAAACUACACCUUAAUGUUGCAAGGGCUUUCCCUCAAGGAUGUUAUACUGAUUGCUGUAUUGGCCGCAGGACAGGUGAUUUCUGGACCAUCUCUUCAUUCAGCCGUGUUACUGGACCAGUGGGGGUGGAAAACCCUCGGAGGAUGUCCGGGAUAUUUUCUAAUCCUGUGGAUCUGUAAUACUUUGUCACUUAUCGCCAUGUACAUUGUGUUCGUGUAUUGGUCUGUGGUUGGAGGCCUUUCACCGUUGGACUCUGUUGUGAUUUGUGUGUUGAUCGUAGGAUUGCAGCUUUCUUCAUAUUAUAUCAAUGCACUUCUGUAUGUGACCAAGAUCAGGGAAUUUAAAGAGUGUGGUACCACCUGCAUCAAGCAGGCUUCAUUCAUGUUGGUGUUCAGGAAGAGCGUGGUGACCUGCUUCAAUGACUAUCGCCCAGUUACACUGAGGUACAUCGACAGUGAUGACGUGUUUUGA